CAACAAAGAUGUCAGUCUAUAUUUUCCCUUCUGUUGAAGUUUCUACGUAAAGUGAUGGUGCACAAGCGCUUGUUUGCAUGUACCACUGUUUUAUAUUAAUAAAUAAAUAGUAAUAAAAUGUACAGAGGAUUUUAAAGCUAAGUGACAGUUAAUAAAACUAUAUUUGUGUAAAUAUAUAAAUGGCUACGGAGGAAAAAUGGUACUUCACCAAGGAGCAAUUAGCAAACACACCAAGUCGAAAAUGUGGGAUCGACGCAGAUAAAGAAUUGAGUUACAGACAGCAAGCUGCUAAUUUCAUCCAGGAUAUGGGCCAGAGGCUUGUUGUUACUCAGCUAUGUAUAAAUACGGCGAUAGUUUAUAUGCAUAGGUUCUAUGUGUUUCACUCACUGUCACAAUUUCAUAGAAAUUCAAUUGCAUCCGCUGCACUUUUUUUGGCAGCUAAGGUUGAAGAACAACCAAGGAAGUUGGAACAUGUUAUUAAAGUUGCGCAUAUGUGCUUACACAGGGAUAAUAGUCCUCUUGAUGUUAGAUCUGAGGCAUAUCAAAGUGAAGCACAUGAUUUAGUAUUCAAUGAAAAUGUUUUACUUCAAACACUGGGUUUUGAUGUUGCCAUUGAUCAUCCUCACACUCAUGUUGUAAGAUGUUGUCAUUUAGUGAAAGCGAGCAAGGACUUAGCCCAGACUUCAUACUUCAUGGCAUCGAACAGCUUGCAUCUCACCACGAUGUGUCUUCAGUACAAGCCAACUGUCGUCGCUUGCUUCUGCAUUCAUUUAGCGUGUAAAUGGUCUAAUUGGGAGAUUCCUCAAAGUAACGAAGGAAAAAGUUGGUUCUGGUACGUGGACCGAAGCGUAACCUCCGAACUCCUGGCUCAAUUAACCGCAGAAUUCCUUCACAUCUUCGACAAAUGCCCUUCGAGACUAAAAAAGAAGAUAAUGAGCAUCUCAGAGCGUCAGAGCCCGAGCAUGCACCACCCAAGCUUACCUAACUCACCAUUCGACGUGGAACCGCGGCGAGUAGCCGCGGUAGACGACGGCGGUCCAUCGUUCCAGUCCGCGCGUCCUUACCCCGCCGAGGAGGACAAGAAGAAGCCACCAAGCCAGCCUUCAUCUCGGCCUCCAACAGACUACCGCGAGUACCGCGACAAGAAAGAACGCGAGCGUCUGGAGCGUGAGAAAAUGAGUCAGAACUCCGGAAACUUGCCUCAAGACUCCAAGCACCACCACUCCCACCACCACAAGCCGUCCGUGCCCGGUCCUCUGUUAAACACCCCCUCUUCUGCUUCAUCAACCUUAACCAUGUCUGGAGCAAGCUCCGGGACUCCUAUGUCAAAGCACAUGGUGGUUCCUCAAAAAGGGGCAGCAGUUCAUCAUAAUAAUCAUCAUCACCACCAUCACAGCCGCCCGGAUUUAAAGCUCCAGCAGAAGCAUUCCAACUCGACCGGCCCCCGGGACCCAAACCGCGACAGCUCAAGACAGCGGAUCCCCCGGGACUACCAACAACAACAACAACAACAACAACAACAACAACAACAACAACAACAACAACAACCUCCUAAUUAUUCUCAACAUCAAUUAACUACUAAUAAUCACGUAGCUGCCCCUAAAGAUGGCAAUUCUGCCCCUGAUAUAAUCGACCCAGCCAUCCCGGAUAUUAGCCACGCUGUUGACAAACCCAGCAAUAAUCACCACUCUAGUUCAACUCGUCCAGUUCCGUUCGACAAACGUAGCUACGACCCGCGAAAUAAAUUGAUUGACCAUCGGAAGGAGGAGCAGAAAAAUUCCCAGUAUCCUAAUCCGCCAAAGUAUCCCGAGCAUAUUCGCUCAAAUGACCGGCUUAGUAGGAAGCUGCCCGAAUUAGAGCAGCGCAGCGAGGAGGUCAGGAAGCUCAUUGAGAAGCCGCUGCCCAUUCCUAAACCUCGGGCGGAGAUUCAGAAGGAAGAGUACAUUGCUAACAUGCUUAAGCAGUCGCAUAAUCCUAAUAAAUAUAAUCAAGAUAAAUUAGUUCAUAAUUCUAGAAUUUUUCCACAUGAUUUAUCCAAGAGUCAGAAUAUUGUUAAGUCUCAUCAUCAGGGGCAGCAUCAGCAGCAGCUGAUGCAGCAGCAUCAGCAGCAUCAGAUGUCUCAGAUUUUUAAAGAUAAAAAUGGAAUUCAGAAUCCUAAUUUAGGAGUUAUUGAUGAGAAAAUUGAUAAGCGAAAGCAUGAUGAACUCACUCAAGUACCUUUAAUUAAACAUAAAUCAUUAUUUAGUCCAGAUAAAAUUACACCUGAUACUUUACAGCGUAAAAGUAGACAAAAAACACCGCCUGUGUCGAUUAAAUCGAUUAAACAGGAGGAAGAUUUAAAUACUCAAUUGUUUUCAAUGUCUCCGGAAUUAUCCUUGAAUAUUAAAAAAGAAAAUCAAGAACAGAAGAUUAAGUCUGAAGAUAAUUUAGAUAAAAAACGACUGCCCAUUUUGGGCAGCAAUGAUUUAAAAGAGGGUCUUAAACUCCCGACAUUUGAAGCAGAGCUUAUGUUUAACGGAUUGGACAUAAAGCCGUUUAAAACAGAAAGCGACUUGAGCCCUAUGAAGUCUGCCCAAGGGAUCAGCGCGCUGCUCCAAGAACCUUUAGCUCCUAUGCCUUCGUUAUUGCAAACUCUGUCUUCAGACGAGGGGAUUUUCUCCCAGAGCGGGCCCGUAGAGUCCAGCCAGAAUUUUCAGGAAUUACCUGCAGUUACUGCAAGUGUUCCUACUGGGCAGAAAUCUCUGGGCAGCACUCAGCCAAAUAUUAGUCAAGUUUCUGAGGAACCUUUUGUGUCGACUGUUGACAUCAGCGCGUUCGCUUCAGCCCCGGUUAUUUCUUCAGUGCCAAUAGUUACGCAGCCUGCUACCCAGGAAGCUGCAGGGGCAGCUAAAAAGCAGGAGAGCCAUCAUAAGAGCGAGAAGAAGAAGAAGAAGGAGAAGCACAAGCAUAAGGAUAAAGAUAAGGAUAAAAGUAAAGAUAAACACAAGCAUAAACAUAAAGAUAAAGACAAGCAUCGGGAUAAGGAUAAAGAUAAGGAUGGGAAGGAUAAAAAGGAUGGGGCAGAGAAGAGGGACAAGCAUGAGGACGCUGUCACUGCUGCCCCUAUUAAAAUUACUAUUCCUAAGGACAAGCUUAACCUUGUGGACACGCCAGAUAGUAAAAAGAAGAGCCCAAGUGCUGGGAUUAAGAUUAAGAUUCCCAAGGAGAGGCUCAAGAAUAAAGAGCUGCCCGCUGCUGGCCAUCAAGGACCGCUCAAGAUCAAGAUUAGGACUAAUGCGGCUUCUGGGCAGCCCGAGGGGUACAAUAUUGAUAAUCGCAAGCGCGAAAGAGAAGAGAGUGGCGGCCAGCCUCCGGCUAAAAAGUUACAGUAUGGCCAGGGCGGGCAGACCGGACAGGGUGGGCAGACAAAUACUGGGCAGACUGGGCAGCCAAAUCAGGGGCAGCGAGGCUCUGAUCGCCAGAACGGACGCCAUUAUACGAGCAAUAAUAAGGUACGUGGAGACGGCAAUUGCAUUGGUCAACAACUGGGUCGUUAUCCACACUCGCGUAUUACUGAGCAUGGUUUUAGUAAAUUUGUUGAGCAGCCUAUCUAUCAAAAUCCAUAUUUUUUUACUAAUUUUCCCCCACCGAUUUUCAACGGACAAUACUUCGAUCCUAAUUUUUAUUUUCAGUAUUCCCAGUUUAAUCUCUAUUCUCAGGGUAAUUUUUCUGAUAACUUUGAACCUCUGGGGAUUGACACCUCCGUGCCACCGCCGAAUUUUGGGGAUAAGGGACUUUUACCACCGCUGCCUGACCAUCCUCCGGAACCGUUGCCUCCUCCGCCCCCUCCAGAGAACCCGGAAUAAUUUUUUUUGUAUAUAAUUCUUUAGUGGUUGAUUUUUUAAUGAUUUAUUAGAUGUUUUUUGGGGGAUUUAUCAGAGUAUUAUAUUAAAUCAAAUUUUUUAAAAUAUGACACUGAAGUUAAAAGAUGUUCUUUGAAUUUUAGGGCAGUUGAAUUGUUAAAUAAAAUCUACAUGUUAAAAUUGCAGGGAAUUUUUAGAAGCAUUUUAUUGUUAUUGAUUUAAUUUUAAAAUUGA